AUGCCUACCUAUCAAGGACGAUGCCACUGCGGCGCGACGGAAUGGACGGCUGAUCUCAAGGACGAAGCUCAUGUCCUCUGCCAUUGCAACGCCUGCAAGCUUAUGUCUGGAGGAGAGUUCACCGAGAACCAGAUCAUCCCCAGAGACGCACUGAAGAUCACGAAAGGAGACUUCAAGAAGUACACCUACAAGGGCGACUCAGGCAAUGAGGUCGACUGCUUCUACUGCGGAAACUGCACCAGCAACGCCUAUCACCACCAGAAAGUCAUGGGCCCCGACACGAUCCCAGCAGCUGAGAUCUUCGACAAGUUGCGUCCGGGUUGGUUGCCACAAACUGGUGAGAACAGCUUCGAGGGUGCACCGCCUUCCUAG